AUGAACACCGCAAGCGUCAUUUUUGCGAUAUUGGCCAUCGCUGCAGUUUUCGCCGCUGAUGACGCGAUAAUCCGUGCCAGACGCCAAUCGUCCUGUGGAUGUGCUAUUCCUACCACAGCUUCGUGUAGCUGUCAGCCAGUGCAAUCCAAUCCUGUCCAGCAGACCUGCUCAUGUGCCCAGCCACGACAAAGUCCAUCGUGCGGAUGUGCACAGCAAUACCAGCAGCAACAGUGUGCUCCAGCUUGCCAGGACACCUGUGUGCAGACUUGCGUCGCUCAACAGCAGCCAGUCCAGCAAUGCCAGAGCUCAUGCACAACCACUUGCCAAACUGCGUGCGCUCAGCCAGUCAUGACUCAACAGCCAGCUCAACAGCAAUGUCAGCAGGACUGUAAUGCCGCUUGUAGCCCACAGCUUCAGCCAGCUUGCUCGCAACAAUGCCAGACGACUUGCCAAUCGGAUGAUGAGUAUGCUCAGAAGCUCAUUCAGCAACAGACCUACAACCAGCCAGGACAGAUCCCAGCCUACGGAUAUUCGUCUCCGGCUCCAAUCCAACAACAGCCAAUGUACGAUCAACAGUGCAAUACGUGCCAGAGCCAAUGCCAGACCGCUUGCCCACAGCAGCAGCCAGUUCAGCAGUGCCAGGCCACUUGCACUCAGACCUGCCAGCCGGCAUGCCAGCCACAGCAGAACUACCAGCAACCAUCGCUGGUUAACAACUACCAGCAGCCAGGAAUGAUCCCAGCUUACCAGUCAUCGACAUCUUCUCCAGUCUACCAGCCAUACUACGAGCAGCCACAACAAUCCGCCCAGUGCAAUGCGUGCCAGAAUCAGUGCCAGAGCGCAUGCCCACCACAACAACCAGUUCAGCAGUGCCAGGCCGCUUGUACCCAGACUUGCCAGCCAACAUGCCAGCCACAACAGAACUACCAGCAACCUGCCCAGACCUACCAGCCGUAUUAUGAGCCGCAACAACAGAACCCGCAAUGCAACACGUGCCAGACGACGUGCAACCAGCAGUGCCAGCAGCAACAGCCAGUCGCCUUAUGCACUCCACAAUGCGAUGCUCAAUGCCAGCCAGUCUGCCAGCCGCAGCCGCAGCAGCAGCCACAACAGCAAACUGUCCAGCUGACCAUCAACAUUCCAGUCUCGCAGGACUCGCCCCAAUGCCAACCACAAUGCGAGCAAGCUUGCAACACCCAAUGUGUUCAGACCCAGGUAAAAAUCUCGUUUGUCUUAGUGUCCAGUUGA